AUGGGAAACGCUCAACAAAUACCAAAGAGGGACCUCGAGGAUUGGAAGAGGAAGUACAACCUGCCCAAGGAUAAGGUGGAUCUCACCUUCAGGGCGUUCAACAGCCAGAAGGGCAAGAACGGUCAAAUCACCAAGGAUAAGUUCCUCGAUGUGAUGACCAAGGAGGGGGCCGCAGAAAGAGAAUUUGCAGAGGCCAUCUUUGAAUCGUUCGACAAGGACAGCAGUGGCACGAUCGAUGUGCGAGAGUACAUGGCACUUAUGGGCGUAUCCUUCGGUGGCACCAUUGAUGACAAGCUCGAAGCUUCUUUCCGGUUGUUCGAUGAGGACGGAAAUGGCGAGCUCGACAGACAGGAGGUUGAGCGCAUGCUCAUUCUCGUGAUGAAGUCGAUGUUGAAGAAGAUGUCUGCUCCUUCUGAGCAAGUGCUGAAGGCUCGUGAGGCUGAGAUCCAGAGGAUCAUCGACGAGAUUUUCGCCAAGGUGGACGCCGACAACAGCGGUACGAUAGAUUUGGAGGAGUUCAAGGUGGGCUUCAAGGAGCAUCCCGAUAUCUGCAACUUCUUCAAGCAGUUCUAG